CGCAGGGCGGUUCGGGCCCUCCUCAACCCGCAGCUCCCCGACAUCACCCGAAUUCCCCACCGCAGGACGGGGAGGCGUGACGGGGCCCGGGUUUCAUCCCAGCCGUGCUCUGUGCUCGGGGGCAAGCUCCUUCCCGUGUCUGGGCGCACCGCCCUCGCCUGGGUUCCCUCCAUCCUCGUUUCUCCAGCCUCCUCCCCUCGCAGCCAGGCGGAUGACACGGACGACGGGCCGGUGCCUGGCACCCCAGGGUUGCCGGGGAUCAUGGGGAAACCGAAGUCCGAGGAUCCGGAGAUCCCGGACCGGGAGGGGCUGCAGCGCAUCACGGGCUUGUCCGCGAGCCGUUCCGCUCUCAUAGUGGCUGUGCUGUGCUACAUCAACCUCCUCAACUACAUGGACCGCUUCACCGUGGCUGGUGUCCUUCCGGACAUCGAGCAGUUCUUUGGCAUCGGAGAUAGUAGCUCCGGCCUCAUCCAGACCGUGUUCAUCUCCAGUUACAUGGUGUUGGCACCUGUGUUUGGCUACCUGGGUGACCGGUACAAUCGGAAGUACCUCAUGUGCGGGGGUAUUGCCUUCUGGUCCCUGGUGACACUGGGGUCAUCUUACAUCCCCAGAGAGCGAUUCUGGCUGCUGCUCCUGACCCGGGGCCUGGUGGGAGUUGGAGAGGCCAGUUACUCCACUAUCGCACCCACGCUCAUUGCUGACCUCUUUGUGGCUGACCAGCGGAGCCGGAUGCUCAGCGUCUUCUACUUUGCUAUCCCAGUGGGCAGUGGUCUGGGUUACAUUGCAGGCUCCAAAGUGAAGGAUGUGGCCGGGGACUGGCACUGGGCACUGAGGGUAACACCAGGUCUGGGAGUGGUGGCUGUUCUGUUGCUGUUCUUGGUAGUACGGGAGCCCCCAAGGGGAGCUGUGGAGCGCCACUCAGACUCUCCACCGCUGACCCCCACCUCGUGGUGGGCAGAUCUGAGGGCUCUGGCUAGAAAUCCUAGUUUCAUCCUGUCUUCCCUUGGCUUCACUGCGGUAGCCUUUGUCACGGGCUCCCUGGCUCUUUGGGCUCCUGCAUUCUUGCUGCGUUCCCGUGUGGUCUUGGGGGAGACCCCGCCAUGCCUUCCUGGAGACUCCUGUUCUUCCUCUGACAGCCUCAUCUUCGGCCUCAUCACCUGCCUGACGGGGGUCCUAGGAGUGGGCCUGGGCGUGGAGAUCAGUCGCCGCCUCCGCCGCUCCAACCCCCGGGCUGACCCACUGGUCUGCGCUGCUGGCCUCCUAGGCUCCGCACCUUUCCUCUUCCUGGCCCUCGCCUGUGCUCGUGGUAGCAUCGUGGCCACCUAUAUUUUCAUCUUUAUUGGCGAGACCUUGCUGUCCAUGAACUGGGCCAUUGUGGCUGACAUUCUGCUGUAUGUGGUGAUCCCCACUCGUCGCUCCACUGCUGAGGCCUUCCAGAUUGUGCUGUCCCACCUGUUGGGUGAUGCUGGGAGCCCCUACCUCAUCGGCCUGAUCUCCGAUCGCCUUCGCCGGAGCUGGCCCCCCUCCUUCUUGUCUGAGUUCCGGGCAUUGCAGUUCUCACUCAUGCUCUGCGCCUUCGUUGGGGCACUGGGCGGCGCGGCCUUCCUGGGCACCGCCAUCGUCAUUGAGGACGACCGCCGGCGGGCCCAGCUGCAUGUACAGGGUCUGCUGCAUGAGGCAAGGCCGGCAGAUGACCGGAUUGUGGUGCCCCAGCGAGGCCGCUCCACCAGGGUCCCUGUGUCCAGUGUGCUCAUCUGAGAGGCCCUCUUCACCUGUCUGCACACCCACCAUAGCUGACUCUGGGUUGACCCCGGUGGGUGCUGGGCCCAAACCCCCAGCCUGGCCCCACUUCUAGGAGGACCACUGGGCUGUGUUCCAGCUCCCAAACACUACACGGGCAACCAAGCGCGCAGGAAGCGGGGAUCCACGAGGGGGCUCCUCCCCCGGAGCAGCCCCAGGGGCUCGGUGCUAUUUGUAACUAAAUAAAAUUUGUAGCCAGA